AUGGCUUGGCAAUGUUCGGGGUCAAGCAAUGCGCAGUUGAUCAACAAUCUGUUUAACUCUGGUCUUAUAAAAAGCGAGCGAGUUAAAAAUGCUAUGCUUCGGGUCGACCGUGCCGACUAUGCACCAGCCAAUCCAUACGCAGAUUCUCCUCAGACUAUAGGGUAUUCGGCAACCAUCUCCGCUCCACACAUGCAUGGUCAUGCUUGCGAAUAUCUUCUUGAGUAUCUGCAUCCGGGAUCUCGUGUGCUGGACAUCGGAUCUGGCUCGGGCUAUUUGACACAUGUUCUUGCAAACUUAAUCACUGAUUCUUCGUCGCCUCCAUCAUCUGCUGAGGGCCAUGUUGUCGGUAUCGACCAUAUUCAGGGACUAGUCGAUUUAUCUAAGCGCAAUAUGGCCAAGUCUGAAUCUGGCCGCAAGCUGUUAGAGACCGGAAAGGUCAACUUUGUUGUUGGCGACGGUCGUUUGGGGUGGUUGGAAGGUGGCCCAUACGAUGUUAUUCAUGUUGGAGCAGCGGCAACAACGAUCCAUCCCGCCCUGAUAGACCAACUCAAGGCGCCUGGUCGAAUGUUUAUUCCAGUUGAAUCAACUGGGGAACAUAGUAGCGCUCGAUUGUUCAACUUGGGUGGCCCGCAAUACAUCUGGGUCGUCGAUAAAAGGGAAGAUGGCUCGGUGCAUAAAGAAAAAGUCUUUGGCGUUAACUAUGUGCCGCUGACCGAUGCGCCGCAAUAG